CGUUGAGAAAGAGAGAAUUGGAUAAGGCUCGAGCUCCGCCAAAAAUCUCGCCAUGGCGUCUGCCCUCCUCUCUCUCGUCCCAACCCUAAACCCUAACCUCUCCUCCUCUAACAUCUUUCACAAACCCACCACCCCUUUCUCAACCCCUUCUCCCUCUUCUCGCCGUCGCUCAAAAGCCCGCAGCCACAAAAUCUCAGCCGUUGGCGGCGAUCUCUUGGGCGAUUUCGGAGCCAGAGACCCGUUCGACGCCGAAAUCGAGAGCAAUUUCGGUGAAAAAGUGCUUGGAUAUAGCAACACUGAGCACAAGAUUCUGAUCCCGAAUCUCUCUGCUCUUUCUCUUUCGCAGAGGAGUUGCGAGCCUGUUUCAGAUUCUCAGUCUCCAAUGGCGAGGGAGGAUGCUGAGAAGUUACUAAAUAAGGUUGUGGGUUGGAGGCUAGUUGAGGGUGAUGGAGGAAUAAGACUCCAGUGCUUGUGGAAAGUAAGGAACUAUGAAUGUGGAGAAGAGCUCAUCAAAAGGAUUAAUAGAGUUGCGGAGGAUGCUGGUUAUUAUCCAAAUCUUCAUAUAGUGGAACCUAAUCAAGUUAGGGCGGAGUUAUGGACUUCUUCAAUAGGUGGUUUGAGUAUGAAUGACUUCAUUAUGGCUGCUAAGAUAGAUGAGAUCAAAACAAUGGAUCUUCUUCCAAAGAAGCGGGUUUGGGCAUAAGAGAACGCCUGUCAAUUUUUGAAGUUUUGAUUUAUCAAAUCCAGUCAUAAACUGCAAAACAAAGUCAAAGAGCCCUUAGAUAUACAAUGCACGGUAAGUUACCACAUUAUUCCUCUUUUGAGGGCUUGUAAAUGUGAAAUUCAUUUAUAUAUACAUUCCGAUGUCUGGUUGAUCUUCAUAUUUAUGUUCCAUCCCCCUUGUCUUCUUGUGAAUUCUUCUGGUUUGAAAAAUUACGGCCGCAAGUUACUUAUGAGUUCUUCAAUUUGUGAAA